CUGGAGCGCGCGACACACGGAGAGCGCGUAGAGCCGCGCGCGAACGCCACGAGCACGACGCCCUCCGGAGAGACACGAGCCGAAGAGAAGGACGUUGUUAUUGAUUUCGCUGCUGUUGCCGCACCGCGCGCCCUCUUUACGUUCCUCGCGCGAUGGACGUGACGGCGACGAUGGAAAUAAGCGCGAGCCAGCCGCAGCAUCAUCAACACCACCACCAUCCUCCUCCCGCUCAUCAGCAGCAGCUCGCGCCGCCGGCGUGCUUCUUUGCCGUGCAGGCGGGCACGAGCGGUGCGCCCGCGGCGACGGCCGGAGCCCACGCCAAGCGGGCGCGCGCCUCCUCGCCCGAGCUGCUGCGCUGCAAGCGGCGCCUGAGCUUCGCGGGCUUCGGCUACAGCCCACCGCAGCAGCAGCCGCACGCCGUGGCGCGGCGCAACGAGCGCGAGCGCAACCGGGUCAAGCUGGUGAACAGCGGCUUCGCCACGCUGCGCGAGCACGUGCCGCACGGCGCCGCCAACAAGAAGAUGAGCAAGGUGGAGACGCUGCGCUCGGCCGUGGAGUACAUCCGCGCGCUGCAGCAGCUGCUCGACGAGCACGACGCCGUCAGCGCGGCCUUCCGCUCGGGCGCGCUGGCGCACGGCCACGCCGCCGACCUCAACUCCAUGGCCGGCUCGCCGGUGUCCUCCUACUCGUCGGACGAGGGCUCGUGCGACCCGCUCAGCCCCGAGGAGCAGGAGCUCUUGGACUUCGCCAGCUGGUUCUGAGUGCGCGCGCGCGCGCCCGUUUUCUUUUCCUUUGGCCGGUGUUCUCGGCUGCUGCGCGCCAGAGACCCCCAUCCUCCCCGGGACGUCCUGUCUCCAGCCCCCCUCUCUCUUCCAGAGGGAUGACGCAGAGCACUGCACGCGCGCCCCCGUCCCGGAGAGAGGCCCUCGGGAGGGCCAGGACCGCACGCGGAGGGACCACAGGACUCAUAGCGAGGCCCCAAAACGCCCAUUCGAGAGACUUUCUUACGGCACCCCGACCCAAACAGCGCUCACAAAUGGCCGAAGGGUGGUCCACGCUGACCCCGCCCCCCAACACACGCUUCCAGCCCGGAGCACCUGAAUUAUAUGAAGCUCUAUUUGUAUAAAAAAGAAAUCAAAACAAUUUUUUUGUAAAGGUAUAUUAAGCUAUUUUUGUAUGUAAGAGAUUUAUAGAUGUUUUGUACACACUGGUUUGAUAUGUAUGUAUAUUUCUGACGUAUGCAUAGCCUGAACACCUUCAGUUGCUUUCCUCAUUACCUCCGACCUGAUUACCUGCUCUGAGUGCAGCGCGCCUGGCUGUUCAUGGUGGAGUUUGACACUCCUGAAGUUUGUUUGUUUGUUUGUUUGUUUGAAAUUUCAGCACCAACGUGUCUUAUAAUGAAACGGGAACUGCAUUGUAAUCUGCUCAGCUCUGCCUUUUCCAGUAUC